ACUGAAAACAAAGACAGCAAAGACAAAAGAACAAGCACAAGAACGGCGUGCUUGUAAUAAUGUAAAUUUUCAAAUAAGCUAAGUUUGUGUAUAUUUUCAUCAUUAAAACGUCGUGUAAAUUAAAAUUCAUCCUAAUUAUAAUUAAUAAACUACGUUAAAAAAAAACCCCGGAAAUUUCAAGAAUUCUCAAGCAAAGUAAAUCUGUAAAAAUUCAAAUUUUAACCAAUUCUAAUACGUAAUUAUACAAUAAAGUUCAGUUUUGUUUUAAGUCCCGUAAAAACCACUGUGUAAAAUAUUAUUCAUAAUUUUUGUGUAAAUUUAUGUAAAAAACAACCUACCACGACAACCAAACCAAAACCAAGAAAUUAAUAAUUUUUUUGAGCUAAAGUGAAUGGAAGAAAAAUCUCCCCAAAAUCCUGUAAAUUAAUGUUAAAUAUAUUAAGAAUAAAGUGCGGUUUCUCUACGACAACAAACAAGUGAAAAUUUGAAGAGAAAAUUAAGCCAAUUAAACAAAACAACCAUUUGUGAAUAGUUCGAUUCCCGAGUUCAAAACGCGUGUGACGUUGUGAAAAAUUUUGAAAAAAGGAAGCUAUCCUUAUGGUGAUUUCGAUAUAAAUCAAAAAGUGUAGCUAUAUAACCCAGUUGGCAAUACGCGCAAAAUUGUCAGCUGCGAUAGCUAAGAAAAGCCGUCAAAAUUGAGCUCCUAACCGCGCCCACAAUCGCCAUAUCGACGCCUUCGCCGCAGCAGCAACAUCAGCAGCAGCAGCAGCAAACGCUCUACCAGCAACAUCAACAACAGCAGCAGCAACAUUACGGUCCGCCACCGCCCUAUUUUCAACAGCUUCAUCAGCAACAGCAGCAGCAACACCAGCACAACCAGCAGCAACAUAUGAAGUUUUUGGGUGGCAACGAUGAUCGCAAUGGCCGCGGAGGCGUCGGCGUUGGCGCCGGCACGGAUGCCAUUGUGGUAGGAUCUCGCGGUGGCGUAUCCCAGGAUGCUGCCGAUGCAGCCGGUGCUGCCGCAGCCGCUGCCGUUGGCUAUGUCUUCCAGCAACGUCCCUCCCCGGGAGCAGUGGGCGUCGGCGGUGUAGGUGGCGGCCAGGGAGUGCCUGGUGUUGGAGCCGUCGGUUCGACCUUGCACGAGGCCGCCGCCGCCGAAUAUGCUGCCCACUUUGCCCAGAAACAACAGCAGACGCGCUGGGCUUGCGGCGACGAUGGUCAUGGCAUGGAUAACCCGGACAAAUGGAAAUACAAUCCGCCAAUGAAUCCGGCAAAUGCAGCUCCUGGCGGACCGCCUGGUAGUGGCAGCAAUGGUGGCCCCGGGGCCAUUGGAACCAUUGGCAUGGGCAGCGGAUUGGGAAGCAUGGGCGGUGGUGGCGGUGCUGGAGGCGGUAAUAACGGUGGCUCCGGCACAAACGGUGGACUCCAUCAUCCAUCGAUGGCAGCAGCCGCUGCUAAUAUGGCCGCUAUGCAGCAGGCCGCUGCGGUAGCCAAGCACAAUCACAUGAUGUCACAGGCAGCGGCAGCCGUUGCAGCCCAGCAGCAUCAACACCAGCAACAACCGCCGCAUCCACAGCAGCAACAGCAGCAGCAGGUCCAGAACCAGGGUCAUCCACAUCACAUGAUGGGCGGCGGCAAUGGUAUGGGCAAUGGCAACGGCCUGGGCAUCCAGCAUCCCGGCCAGCAGCAACAGCAACAACAGCAGCAACAGCAUCCCGGGCAGUACAACUCGAAUCUGCUCAGCCAUGCCGCUGCCAUGGGUCACAUGUCAUCCUAUGCCCAGUCGGGUGGAAAUAUGUACGAUCAUCAUGGUGGGGGUAUGCACCCCGGAAUGAAUGGAGGAAUGCCAAAGCCACCGCUAGGACCACCUCCUGGAGCCGGAGGACCGCAGGACUAUGUAUACAUGGGCGGCCAGACGACGGUGCCGAUGGGUGCGGCAAUGAUGCCGCCACAGAAUCAGUAUAUGAACAGCUCUGUCGUGGCGGCUGCCAAUCGGAAUGCAGCGAUCACAACAUCCACUGCCAAGAAGCUGUGGGAGAAGUCCGAUGGCAAGGGCGUCACCUCGGGCACUUCCGGUGGUCCCCUCAACCCGUUGCAGAUUCCUGGCAUUGGGGAUCCCUCGUCGGUAUGGAAGGAUCACACCUGGUCCACCCAGGGCGAAAAUAUCCUGGCCCCGCCUCCAUCGAGAGCCUAUGCCGCCCAUGGUGGUGCCUCCGAUACUUCAAACAGCGGAAAUGCGGGCAUUUUGAGUCCCCGCGAUUCCCAAUGUGCUAAGAUGGUGGAAUACGUUUUGGGUGGUUCGCCCACCAACAAGGAGAGCCCUCUUUCCGGUUUAGAGCCGCGUCUGCGUAAUCUCAAAUUUGAUGACAACGAUAAGUCACACGAUGACAAGGAAAAGGCCAACUCUCCGUUCGACACAAACGGUUUGAAGAAGGACGAUCAGGUCACAAACACUAAUGGUGUUGUCAAUGGCAUUGACGAUGACAAGGGCUUUAAUCGUACCCCUGGCUCUCGUCAACCCUCACCUGCCGAGGAAACACUGCCUCGUCCCCCCAACUUGCUAUUCCCCCUGCCACCGCCCUUCAACCACAUGCUGAUGGACCAUGGUCAAGGCAUGGGCGGCGGCUUGGGUGGAGUUGUGGGCUCUGGCAAUGGGGUUGGCGGAGGCGGAGGUGGUGGCGGCGGUGCAUAUGCGGCUCACCAACAAAUGGCCGCACAGAUGAGUCAGUUGCAGCCGCCGAUGAUGAACGGCGUGGGCGGCGGUAUGCCAAUGGCAGCUCAGUCUCCGAUGUUGAAUCACCAGGCAGCUGGACCCAAUCAUAUGGAAUCUCCCGGAAAUCUAUUGCAGCAGCAAAAUUUUGAUGUUCAGGUAAGUGACGAUGUGCUUUCGCUUGCUUUUAACCACAAUCAACAACUGUUCCGCUCGCAGAAUCCUGGCCUUGCUGCAGUUGCCACAAAUGCGGCAGCGGUGGCAGCAGCCGCAGCAGCGGCCACAUCCGCAGCAAGUGCAGCGGCAGCUGUUGGCGCUCCCCCCGUUCCUGGUGCACCCAACGGGACCCUGCAACAGUCGCAGCAGCAGCAGCAGCAGCAACAACAACAAAUGCAAAUGGCAGCAGCCUCGCAGCAGUUCCUGGCCGCACAGCAGCAGGCGCAGCAGAAUGCCGCCUACGCAGCCCAACAGGCCACGCCCUACGUCAUCAAUCCGGGCCAGGAGGCUGCCCCGUACAUGGGCAUGAUUGCCGCUGCCCAGAUGCCGCAAUACUAUGGCGUGGCGCCCUGGGGCAUGUAUCCGGGCAAUCUGAUCCCGCAGCAGGGAACGCAGCCGCGACGCCCCCUCACACCCUCGCAGCAGGGUGCCGAGAAUCAGCCCUACCAGGUGAUUCCGGCCUUCCUCGAUCACACAGGCUCCUUGCUGAUGGGAGGACCCCGCACCGGUACACCCAUGCGCCUGGUCAGCCCCGCCCCCGUUCUUGUACCGCCGGGCGCCGCCCGUGCCGGUCCCCCGCCCCCUCAGGGACCGCAGCUAUAUCAACCACAGCCGCAGACGGCCCAGCAGAAUCUCUACUCGCAACAGAACGGUUCCAGUGUCGGAGGCCUCGCCCUGAACACGAGCUCGCUGUCGGGUCGCCGCGACUCCUUUGACCGCAGCACCUCCGCCUUCAGUCCCUCGGCAAUGGACUACACCAGCAGCGGCGUGGCGGCGGCCAGUGCGGUGAAUAGCUCAGUGGCCCAGGCAGCAGCAGCUGCUGCAGCCGCAGCCGCCGCAGCAGCACGUGGCAAGUGGCCAGGAGCAAUGUCGGGAGCGGCAGGCGGAGCUUAUGGUGCCCUCGGUGCGGGAACAGGCAAUGCCUCGGCCAGUCCGUUGGGCGCACCACUCACACCGCCACCGUCGGCACAGUCCUGCCUGCUGGGCAGUCGAGCUCCGGGCGCCGAGUCCCGCCAGCGACAGCAGCAGCAACAGCAACAGCAGCAGCAAUUAGCCGCCGCCGUGGGAUUGCCGGCAACGGCAGCAGCUGCCCAGGCAGCGGUGGCCGCGGCUGCCAACAACAUGUUUGGGUCCAACAGCUCGCUCUUCUCGAAUCACCUGGCUAUACCGGGUACCGCAGCCGUGGCAGCAGCAGCGGCAGCAGCUGCGGCCGCCAAUUCCCGACAAGUGGCCGCCACGGCGGCCGCAGCAGCGGCAGCGGUGGCUGCAGCUGGCGGCGGAGUCGGAGGUGCCCCCCAGCCGGGGCGAUCGCGGCUACUCGAGGACUUCCGCAACCAGCGGUAUCCCAAUCUCCAGCUGCGCGAUCUCGUCAACCACAUUGUGGAGUUCUCGCAAGAUCAGCAUGGCUCCCGGUUCAUCCAGCAGAAGCUGGAGCGGGCCACGGCCGCCGAAAAGCAAAUGGUAUUCAGCGAGAUUCUGGGCGCAGCCUACAGCCUGAUGACCGAUGUCUUUGGCAACUAUGUCAUCCAGAAGUUCUUUGAGUUUGGCACUCCCGAGCAGAAGAACACGCUGGGCAUGCAGGUCAAGGGUCAUGUGCUGCAGCUGGCGCUGCAGAUGUACGGCUGUCGGGUGAUCCAGAAGGCGCUGGAGAGCAUCUCGCCGGAGCAGCAGCAGGAGAUUGUGCACGAGCUGGACGGGCAUGUCCUAAAGUGCGUCAAGGACCAGAACGGCAAUCAUGUCGUGCAGAAGUGCAUCGAGUGCGUGGACCCAGUGGCCCUGCAGUUCAUCAUCAAUGCCUUCAAGGGUCAGGUUUACUCGCUGAGCACUCAUCCAUAUGGCUGCCGGGUGAUCCAAAGGAUUCUCGAGCACUGCACUGCCGAGCAAACGACGCCUAUUUUGGAUGAGCUGCACGAGCAUACGGAGCAGUUGAUACAGGACCAGUAUGGCAACUAUGUUAUUCAGCAUGUGUUGGAGCACGGCAAGCAGGAGGAUAAGUCCAUUCUGAUCAACAGCGUGCGUGGCAAGGUCCUGGUUCUUUCCCAGCACAAGUUCGCCUCGAAUGUGGUGGAGAAGUGCGUGACCCAUGCCACUCGAGGAGAACGCACAGGCCUGAUUGACGAGGUCUGCACCUUCAAUGACAACGCCUUGCACGUGAUGAUGAAGGAUCAGUAUGCCAACUAUGUGGUCCAAAAGAUGAUCGAUGUCUCGGAGCCCACGCAACUGAAAAAGCUAAUGACCAAGAUCCGGCCACACAUGGCCGCCUUGCGCAAGUACACCUACGGCAAGCACAUCAAUGCCAAGUUGGAGAAGUACUACAUGAAGAUCACCAAUCCCAUUUCCGUGGGCACCACGGGAGCAGCUGCAGCAGGUGCCACAGGAGCCACCGGAGCAGUGCCCGCCGCCUCCUCGUCAUCGGUGUCGACUGCAGCAACUGUCAGCGCGGCAGCAGCAACCACGGCCUGCACCAGCGGCAGCAGCACCACAACCACCAGCACCACCAACAGCCUGGCUUCGCCCACCAUCUGCUCGGUGCAGGAGAACGGAACUGGCAGCGCCAUGAUCGUAGAGCCCUCUUCACCCACCGCCUCCGAGUCCUCAUCCUCGGUGGUCUCGGCGGCCGUCAACAGCGGCUUGGGUCCCAUAGGACCCCCAACCACGGCCAACGGUGUGCUGUAAGGGGACGGGGAAAGAGUGGUAGUCAAGGGAUGCCUUGGGGGCAUCCUUCUCGAAUGUCAGACUAGGUUUUAGGGGCUAAACAGAGCUGAAAAAGCAUACCACAAACCAGAGUACAUAUAAUAAUAAUUUUAAUUUAUUGAAACAAGCAGCGAGGGAGGGAGAUUUGCUCUCGGAGAUUUGUAAAGAGAAACAAGAGAAACACACUCACACGCCAAGCUAAGGAAACAAAAAGAAAAGCUAGCAACUGAAACUAAAAAACAAAUUUGUAUUUUUACGAACAAAAAGUAAUAACAACACACUCACAAAAAAAAAACACACGAAAGAAGAUUUCCAAAAAUAUUUGUACACUGCGCUCGCAUGUUUACUUUGUAAAAAACAAAAAGAAAUCAAAGAUAAAAUGUUUAAAAAAGAAGAAAAAACACAAAACGAUCGUAAAUGUAAAGAAAAAAUGUCGAAAUGUCAGAGAAACCAAUUUGUCUGCGUACAUUUUCGUUGUAACUUUGUAUAAAUUAAAGAUUAUAUAGCAAGUCUAUUUGUAAAUGAUUCAAGUUUCGACUGUAAAUUGAUAAGGAGGAGACGAAGGAGAAGAAGCGAAGAACGGAGGAGAAUGUAGAAUCUAAAAGAGCGAUGGAGAGCGGGCGCCUAGAGAGUUACACAGAGAGAAACCAUUUCAAAUAUAUAACAAAACAAAAAAAAAACGAAGAAUAAAACAGCGCGAGCCACACUUAGUGUAGAUUGUAGAUUAAUUCUGUUUAUGGAGCCAGCAGCUGCUACCAAAAACAACAACAGAGAAAGUACGAGAAACGGAAACAAAACACACACGAGACACGCCCCCUCACACACACUCUUCAUACACUUCAGCCCCCCAUUCACGUUGCACUAUGUAAAAAUUUGUGUAUAAACCAUGUAAACCAUGUAAUAUUUUCAAAACUGUUCUUUGUAAAAUGUAUACAUAUUUUAUUUUGUAAAUUUCUUUUUUUGUUUUAAGUCGCAAGUAACUCAUACAAACACACAUAUUCUAUAUUCUGUAUACCCCGCACGCAUGUAAUUUAUAAUUUUUUUUAAGCAUAUUACCAUUACCUGGCAUCCAGGGCCCCAGGAUCUUAGUCCUGUGCUCCAGAUAGCCGGUAAAGAAAACCAUUUGUUAGCCAAGUAAGAACUGAUUACCGAAACUAUGAUUUGGUUAUCCGAACUAUAAAUGAUUUUUACCCGAAAAGUGAAACAGAGAGAAAAAAACAACCUCAAAUAAAAGCAAAAUUCAAUAAAACCCAAAAAA